CACACUCUCUCUCUGUCUCUCUCUCUCUCUGCCAACACCACCUUUCUUCUCUGCCAAAAAAGGAUCUCAUCAGACCUUUUUUUAAAAAAAUUUAAAAAUGGCGUCGAUGAAACACGUUCAUCUCUUCCGUCGUUACCUCUCAAUCGUUCUCAGUCUCUUCCAAAGCCUGAUUUCGUGUUUCUUCGAUUUUCCCAUACUCAUCAAACUCGCCGACUCCUUCUUAUCUCUCUAUUUCUUGGUCUUCUGCGAUCUCCGACCUGUAACCGUCGAUCUUGACGACGGAGAAACCACCGUACAUUUCUGGAUCUCCGGUCACCGUAGAAUCUCCCGUCCGAAUCUCCUCAUGCUCCACGGAUACGGGGGAAACUCCAAAUGGCAAUUCGUUCAUCAAGUCUCCGAUCUCUCCAAAUCGUUUAACCUCUUCAUCCCAGAUUUGGUCUUCUUCGGUAAAUCUUACUCGAAGAAUCCGCAUCGGAGCGUCGAGAUUCAGGCGAGUAGCAUCGCCGGAGGAUUGAAGAAGCUAGGCUUAGGCUGCGUCGGAGGAGGAGGGAUGUCGGUGUAUUCGAUAAGCUACGGUGGGUUCGUGGCGUAUAAGAUGGCGGAGAUAUGGCCGGAGAUGGUCGAGAAACUGGUGAUCGUGAGCAGUGGAGUGGGGCUUACACAGAAGCAGAAGACGGCGGAGAUGAAAAAACACGGCGGAGAUUGUUCGAGGAUUCUUGUUCCGAAAACUCCGACGGAUCUACGGUUGCUCGUUAAGAUCUCUAUGAACACCGGUUUAACGUACGUCCACUGGGUUCCUGAUUUUAUUCUUUCCCAAUUCAUCGCUGUGAUGUAUGAGAAGAAUCGACAGGAGCUUCUUGAACUAGCUAAGAAUUUGUUGGAGAGAGAAGAGGAACCAGAAUUGACUGUCAUAUCACAGAAAACGUUAAUCGUUUGGGGUGACAAAGAUAAAGUAUUCCCCUUGGAGCAUGCUUAUCGGCUGCAAAGGCAUUUACAGAGUUCGAGACUAGAGGUAAUAAAGGAAACUGGCCACGCUGUUAACGUUGAAGCACCAACUACUCUUAAUAAUUUAAUUACUUCGUUUGUUUUAAGUGUUUGAUUUCUUUCUUUUUUUCUUUUUGGACAAACAAGUGUUUGAUUUCUAUUAUUGUAUAUACUUCUCUCCUUCUGCCAAAUUAUCUUUAUGCAUUUGAUUUUAGUA